GGUCAAGAAGCAUGAUGGCGAGAAUCGUCGGAGGUAGAAAAUCACAUUAUUUGAGAUGGCCUUGGAUGAUAUCUCUUCGCCGCUAUGAGGGUAAGGCUUUCAAACACAAAUGCGGUGCCACACUUUUAAACCAGCUUUGGGCGAUCACUGCAGCUCACUGUGUGGAUGGUAAAAUGCCAAAUGAAGUUGUAUUGCGUCUCGGAGAGUACAACUUUCACAGGAUGGACGAAUCGCACCCCCAUGUCGAGCGAAGGAUCUACAUGAUUGUCAUUCAUCCCCAAUUUGAUGCCGUCACAUACGAGAAUGAUUUGGCCUUGCUUCGGUUCUACGAGCCAGUCUCUCUACGAGCAAAUAUUGUUCCCAUCUGUCUGCCUAAGCCACUAGAUGAUGUGGCUGGUAGAAUGGCUGUUGUCACUGGAUGGGGCCGUUUGGCUGAAGAAGGUGAACUUCCCGGGUCUCUUCAUGAAGUGUCCAUGCCUAUUUUGACAAAUAAGGAAUGCGAAGAAAUGUACUCCGCUGCUGGCUACGUCGAAACCAUAAGAGAUGUAUUUGUAUGCGCAGGGCUACUCAAUGGAGGUUUGGAUGCUUGCGAAGGAGACUCUGGUGGCCCCAUGGUUGUGAGAGGUACUCGUGGACAAUGGAAGUUGGUUGGUCUUAUUUCUUGGGGAAUGGGCUGUGCUGCGCCAAAGCAGCCAGGAGUGUAUACAAGGAUCACGAAAUUCGUUGAUUGGAUCGACGACAUUAUUUCGCUUUAAAAGCAACAUUUCGCUGUAGUUGAAUGUCUUUUGUCGGAUAGUCAUUUUAAAACUAUUACGAUGCCGGUGGAUCUCUUUUUUAUGUAUGUUUAGUGUAUUGUUUUCUACUGUAGCAUUUCUGAAAAGAAGAGAUGCAAAAUGAUUGAAUUUUAAAAAAUUCCAGCCAUUGUUUUUUAUGUUCGAGAUUCAAUUAUUCUUCUUAAUAGAGUACAGUUAGUUUCUGACUGUUUUCUUUACAUGAAGGUAAUUUAAAUUCAUUUUACUCUUUGUGUUGUUUUUGUUCUUCUCAUUGGUUGUGUAUAGGUGACUUGCGCUUGGAAUGCAUUUUAUCCUUUAAUAUUCCUAUUUAGAUACUGCCAUA